UAUUCGAAAGGCCUAAAGAAUGCGUAAAAUUUUUGAUAUUGGCAGCACUUGUAUUUUCGCCAUUUUAUCAAUACCUAGUUGGGUUUUCAGCUAAUAAUUAAAAAAUUUAUUUCUACAAUUAUUAAUUGCUUUAAAAAUGUUUUGAUAGAUUGUGGGGAUAUGACGAGUUGUACACCUAUGAAAAGAAAAAAGCGUUCUGCUUUGAAGAUGGAAAAUUUUGAUAAUGUAUUGAUAAAUGCAUCUGAAUUCAUAAGAGGUAAGACUAUUGUUUAUGAUUGGCAAGGCAUGAUGUUAAAGGUUACAGGUCGCUUAUAUUUUGUGUCAUUGAAUACAAAUGUGAAGCCAAAAUCAACCCCUUCAGUGCACUACUUUGGAGUGGAUACCGAACUCAACUAUGACAGUUUUUACAUGGAUUUUGGCCCUUUAAAUUUGUCAAUGUUAUAUCAUUAUUGUGUGAAGUUGAAAAGCAAACUAAGCAAUUCUGCAUUUCAUAACAAGAAAAUUGUUCAUUUCACGGGCGAUGACAACCAAAAGAGGGUUAAUGCAGCUUUCCUAAUUGGAUCCUAUGCAGUAAUAUAUCUGAAUUAUGAGCCCGAACAAGCAUAUGAAAUCUUGGUGCAUGAUUCGGCCAAAGAGUACUUGGAAUUUAGAGAUGCCUCCGUAUGGGAACCCUACACCCUCUCUCUACUCAACUGUCUUAAAGCCAUUAAAAAGGCACACAGCUUUGGCUACUUUAAUUUCGAUAAUUUCGAUUUCCUUGAAUAUGAACACUAUGAAAGGGUGGAAAAUGGUGACUUCAAUUGGAUUCUACCAAACAAAUUCAUUGCUUUUUGUGGACCCCAUAACAGAUCUCAGUUGGAUAAAGGUUAUCCAAUACAUGCCCCUGAGACUUACUUUGCCUACUUCAGAAGACAUAAAGUUACUACAAUUGUGAGGUUAAAUACAAAGGUCUAUGAUUCAAAUAGGUUUUUGCAAGCUGGUUUUGACCACAAGGAUUUAUACUUUGUUGAUGGUGGAAUUCCCAGCGACAGAAUUCUAAACCAGUUUAUUAAUAUUUGUGAGACUGCUAGAGGAGCUGUAGCUGUACAUUGUAAAGCUGGCUUAGGUAGAACAGGGUCCUUAAUUGCCUGUUAUAUAAUGAAACAUUUUAAAUUUACCGCAGAGGAAGCUAUUGCAUGGAUAAGAAUAUGUCGACCUGGUUCCAUAAUUGGCCAUCAGCAAACUUGGCUACAGGAGAAACAAAAAUCGAUGUGGGAUGCUGGAGAAAUAUACAGAAAACGAAACGGUAUGUCGGGACCCUUUAAAUACAGCAACGGCAUCUACAGUUUAGCGGACGAAAAUCGAAACAAAACAAAUGACAAUGUGACAGGUAUAAUGGAGAAGGUCGAUUGCAUGGAAAUUAACGACAAAGAAGAAUUCGCCUCGGAAGAAAACAAAAUUACACAAGGCGACAAACUUAACGAAAUUAAGGCACAGAGACUCAGGGCCAAGCCGCUGGGAAACAAUGUCUUUGAUCAGAAGCCGCCGAAAACUCAAAAGGUCUCCAUCACCACAUCAGGCACUACAAUGCUGCGCGGUGGCAAAAUUUUGACGGGAAGUGUGCGCAGUUCAAGCUCUACUAGUUCAAGGUUGUUCACUAAAAGAAUAGAAACGAAAGACAGCCAGGUGCGCAGAGUGCAGCGCAAAGUGUUGACCCCGCCCUCCUCCGAGAAGAAUCAGUUAUCGGAGCAGGCGGCCGCAGCGGCGAAGCGCGCGGCCAGGAAAAAACAGUCGCCCUGGCUGAGCGGCAAGAACGGCUGUCAAAACGGCAACGUCGCGACCAUAGCGAGCGGCGACGUCGGCAAGGCCGCUUUUAAGCGCGGCAAAAGGACGCUGCAGAUGGAGAAGGACAAAAACAGUCCGCGUUCGGUGAAAGUGCUGCGCAGAUCGCACGGCCAGACGAAGGAGGCCGAAAUCGGCGACGGCAAGCUUCGCCUGCCUUCGCUCAAGGUGAACAAGACACUUUAAUUUGCGACUCACACACACACACACAUUGUUUUCAAGUAAUUUGAUAAAAAGUUCCUCGAAUCUUUCAAUUAAAUUGCCUUAGACAUAAUAUUUAUGAUCGUGCAAUUAUACUUAUGUAUAUACAUAUAUAUAUAUAUAUACAGUGUGUCUA